AGGCUGUGCCCCCAGACCACGUGGCCACUGUGCGUCCUUAUUUCUCUGUGACGCCACGUAGCGUCAUUCAGAGCACUUGACGCCAUCGCAGUGGGCGGACACACACGCGCGCGCGCGACUCCCGGAAGCUAUCGCGAGAGCUUACUAACUACACUUCCCGGAACCCUCUGUGCACAGUGGGCGUGGCGGUCCGUGGGGUCGGGUGUCCGAGACGCAUUUCCGGGGUUUGCAGUAGGGACCGGCGGAGGUUGUAGUCCUGCAUGUUUUAGCGGCGACAGCGCGCUUCCGGGCCAGGUGGCCUGGACUGUCCGGGGAGUGCAAGAACCCUGCGGCGGCCGUCGGGAGUCGUAGUUCUGAGCGCGGCGGUCGCCGGGACCUGUAGUCCGUCCUGCCUGCCCAGUCAGCGCGGUGUUUCCCGCCCGGCACUCGGGGCCCAGAGCCGCCGCCCAGGGGAAUGCGGGAGCCCCCGGCUCAGGAGAGCGGAGAGGCAGGCGGGGUGAGGGGCGUUGCCAGGCAAAAGGGCAAGCGCCGUGGUCGGGGAGCGGAGGGCAGCAUGUCCCAGGCCCCAGGAGCACGGCCGAGCCCACCCUCCGUGUACCACGAGCGGCAGCGCCUGGAGCUGUGUGCCAUCCACGCCCUCAACAACGUUCUGCAGCAGCAGCUUUUUAGCCAGGAGGCUGCCGAUGAGAUCUGCAAGAGGCUGGCCCCCGACUCCCGGCUGAACCCCCACCGCAGCCUCCUGGGAACCGGCAACUAUGACGUCAACGUGAUCAUGGCAGCCCUGCAGGGACUGGGCCUGGCCGCCGUGUGGUGGGACCGCAGGAGGCCCCUGUCCCAGCUGGCCCUGCCCCAGGUGCUGGGGUUGAUCCUGAACCUGCCUUCCCCGGUGUCGCUGGGGCUGCUGUCCCUGCCACUGCGCCGGCGGCACUGGGUGGCCUUGCGCCAAGUGGACGGCAUCUACUACAACCUGGACUCCAAGCUGCGGGCCCCGGAGGCCCUCGGGGAUGAGGACGGCCUCAGGGCCUUCGUGGCUGCUGCCCUGGCCCGAGGGCUGUGCGAGGUACUGCUGGUGGUGACCAAGGAGGUGGAGGAGAAGGGCUGCUGGCUGCAGACUGACUGACCGACUGCAGGGCCUGCCUCAGUGCUGCCUGGCGCGUCCUGUGCCAGCCUGAGCUUAAGUGCCAGGGGCGGGCCUGACCUGUUCCCAACCCCAUGCCGCUGCUGCCUCAAUAAAUCUGCUGAUUUGCUCCAGCCUCGCCUGCAUCCAGCAG